CCAGGUGGUCCGAUAGUGGAGAACACCAAAUGCCACUCUUAGACCAUUUAGCGCUUUCCUCAGACUCCGAGGUCAUUCUGCCAGUCUGGAACUCUUAAAUUUGAAAGUUUGUAGGUCUCGAGAGGUUACCAAACCAUGACCAGCAGCGUAUUAGCUGGGUUGCUCAUCGGCCCAACUUGAACAAGUUGGUUUAACCUAACACAAGUACCGUGAGUAAAGGAAGCAGAUAGGAGUAUCACGGCUAGCGGCCAAGUUGCCUAUCCGAUGCCAUAUCACGAACCACACCCAUACACAGUAAUAAAUCAAAUGUUCCAGAAUACUCAUUUUACAUAACCCCCCAGGAUAAUUAUGCACGACGCCAGAAGACUCGCUAUUUUCCCUUCACAGAUUGGCUUACUCGACAGUGAUGCGUCUUCUCGCCAUCUUUGCGACUCUGCUCGCAGUGGUUGCCGCUGGCGCUCGUAAGAUGACCAAGCAGGAGGUUAGUGAAUGCCAGCUCGAGGCAGCAAAGCGUUGGCAGACCAACGGUCCUGCGGCUAGAGCUCCGAAUGUGAAGCGCAGUGAUGUUCAAAACGUCACGUUCACGAACCCGAAGGCCUCAGAAUUUUACGUCAAUGGCAGCUCUCUCCCGCUUGUCGGCUUCGACGUCGGUCCUAGCUGGGCAGGUCUUUUACCCAUCAGCAACAGUCCUAACGAGACGCGUCAGCUCUUUUUCUGGUUUUUCCCUCCCGGUCCCGAAGGGAGUCUCGAUGAUUUGAUUUUUUGGACUAAUGGUGGCCCUGGCUGCUCCUCCCUCGAAGGUUUGUUGCAAGAGAACGGACCUUUCAGUUGGUCCUGGGGUCAAGCCCAACCAACGGUGAACGAACAAAGCUGGACUAACCUCUCCUCCGUCCUUUGGGUGGAGCAACCCGUUGGCACAGGAUUUUCUCAGGGCACCCCAAACAUACAGAACGAGGAUGAUCUCGCUGCUCAACUCGUCGGCUUUAUGCAGCAGUUCCUGGAAGUCUUUUCGGAACUAAAAGGCAAGAAACUGUAUCUGACUGGUGAAAGUUACGGUGGAUCAUACGUGCCUUAUAUUGCGAACUAUAUCUAUGAGAACCCCACUCUGUUAGACCUCUCAUUGCAAGGGAUGUGGAUCAAUGAUCCUUUGCUGUCGUGGUUCGUGGUGCAACAGGAAAUCCCUGCAGUGGACUUCGUGAAAAAAUAUGAUGGUCUCUUCUCUUUCAAUCAAACGUUCAUGAACCACCUCGAGAAGAAGGCUGCGAGAUGCAAUUACACUGGCUACGUGGAUAAGUACGUGACAUACCCUCCAACUGGCAUUUUUCCGCUACCAGGAGACUCUGUCGAGUUCACUACAGGCUGUGAUGUCUGGGACGACAUUUUUAAUAAUGCGCUGAUCAUCAACCCCGCUUUUGAUAUCUAUCGUAUCUGGGACACUUAUCCGAUUUUAUGGGACGUCCUUGGUUCCCCAGGUUCAUUCCUACAGCAACAAUCUCCGAUCUACUUUAACCGAAAGGAAGUGAAGAUGGCUAUCCACGCACCUGUUGACGCCGAAUGGACGGAGUGCUCCAAUAUCAAUGUUUUUCCCAAUGGAGAUGGCAGCUUGCCGUCUGCUUUCACUGUGUUACCGAAUGUCAUCGAAAAGAACCAGCGGACCGUCAUUGUGCAUGGUCUCGCGGACUUCAUUCUUAUUGCUGAAGGGUAUGACUUCGUUCACGAACCUUGCUCUCGUGCGAUAACCACUCAUUCCAUUGAAGGGAAUGGGUUACAAGGAUUCCAGACGCCUAUCGCCAAAGACAGCUUCAUUGUCGAUGGUGUGGGUGCCUACGGGACAACUCACUCAGAGCGGGGACUCACUUAUUACGAGGUAGCCUUGAGUGGCCAUAUGGUUCCGCAAUUUGCGCCAGUAGCCGCCUUCCAAAUUAUGCAGUACCUGAUGGGCUUCAGAGACACGCCGUAGAUAGACACUUGUUUUCAGUGAUGUGAGGGUCACCAUCUAGCCGGCCCUGAACCGAAGUCACGUGUAGGACUAUGGUUCUUUUCAAACCCCUGUCACGAAAGCUCACGUUCAUUCUACUUGUAUCACCUUUGUGUUUCACGCAUUGCAAUAGUACUGUUUUAUUUUU